AUGGCUAACAACGUGACCGCUACCAGAGAAGCUACAAGGCGUACUCACACUUACAGUUUCCAUCGCGAAGGCUUGAUUCAGUUGGGGCAAUUGGGUGGAUUGAUCACUGGUCCUAAUAAAACUGUGUUCACUGAGAAUUAUGGAAACAUCUUGACUCUUUUGGACUCACACGUCGACGAAUGGGGUUUAUCUACUCUUCUCCAGUUCUAUGAUCCUGACUUGCGUUGUUUCACCUUCUCAGGCUAUCAGUUAGCUCCCACUCUCGAGGAGUACUCUUACUUUCUCAAUAUUAAGGUUCAACACAAGGUUCCUUUCGUUUGUGUCCCAGAGAAACCUGAUUUGGACAACAUUGCCAACGCUCUUUAUUUGAGCAUAGAAGACGUCCUUGGGAAUUGGAAGAAGAAUGGUAACACCCAUGGUUUCUAUAUGAGUUUCUUGGUUGAGAAGGCCCAGGAGUUGGCCAACAAAAAGAUGUGGGAGGCUUUCAACGCCCUUCUGGCCGUUUUGAUCUAUGGGAUCGUGAUGUUCCCUAACAUUCACAAGUUCGUUGAUCUGGCCGCUAUAUGUCUUUUCGUGGAUAAGAAUCUGAUCCCUAAUUUGCUAGCCGAUACGUACUAUUCCAUUCACUCUCGAUAUGGGAAAGGAGGAGCCAUAAGAAAUUGUUUGCCAUUGUUAUACACCUGGUUUAAGUCCCACUUACCUACAAGUGGUCCUUUCAUUACUUCUACUCAGAAAUGGCCUCAAAGGAUCAUGGGGCUUACCGGAAAUGACAUUGUCUGGUGUCCCACUGGAAUGGACGUGGAGAAAGUUAUAACUAGCUGUGACAAGCCUUUGGACAAAGAGAUAUUCGAAUCCGUUUGCUUUGAAAAGGGAACCAAUCCAAAGGGUCUAGAAAAAGUGAAGAGUGCCUGGAAUAGCAUCCAUACAGAUGAUCAGAUUUCUCUAGGUGAAAAGAAUGCCGUUGCCAAACAAGCCUACACAGAUUGGGUUGAAAAUAGAGUUAAAGAUCGCCUGUUGCCUUUCCCGAAGGUUAACCCAUUGUACGAGCAACCACCUAAGAUUCCAAUUGCCACUAUGCCUGCUGAGAAUCGUACCCAGGUAGAUUUGGAGUGCACCCAAUUGCACGAAAAGAAGUCAGAUGCGCAACCGAAACAUUGUCUUGUGGAUCAGAAAAGAGUUGAGUUGACAUACGAAGCCAAAAUGCUGAAGGGAGGAUCUUCCAGAGUUCAAAAGAGGGCUAGAACCGAAAAAGGUGAAAAAGAUACUACUGUUAUUGUUGAGGAUCACCAGAAAAUCCUAAAAAGGGCCAUGAAAGAGCUGCUUCGAGAGUAUGUUGAUAUCUUCGCCUGGUCAUAUGAAGACAUGCCUGGUUUAGACACGGAUAUAGUUAUGCACAGGUUACCGCUCAAACCAGAAUGUCCGCCUGUAAAGCAAAAACCGCGAAGAACUCGACCUGAUAUGGCUUUGAAAAUCAAGGAAGAAGUUGAAAAACAGUUGAAGGCUGGUUUCUUAUCUGUGUGUGAGUAUCCUCCUUGGAUUGCAAACAUAGUACCUGUUCCUAAGAAGGACGGAAAGGUACGCAUGUGUGUUGACUACCGAGAUUUGAAUAGGGCAAGCCCGAAGGAUGAUUUCCCGCUGCCUCAUAUUGAUGUGCUAGUCGACAACACUGCUCAGUAUUCGGUGUUCUCUUUCAUGGAUGGUUUUUCUGGCUAUAAUCAAAUAAAGAUGGCUCCUGAAGAUAUGACCAAGACUACCUUUACCACUCCGUGGGGUACGUAUUGUUAUAAGGUGAUGCCUUUUGGUCUUAAGAAUGCUGGUGCAACAUAUCAACGAGCAAUGGUGACCCUCUUCCAUGACAUGAUCCAUAAAGAGAUUGAGGUGUACGUCGAUGAUAUGAUUGCAAAAUCCCAAACUGAGGAGGAACACUUGGUAUAUCUUGAGAAACUGUUUGCUCGUUUGCGUAAAUUCAAGUUGAGGCUUAAUCCAAACAAGUGCACUUUUGGAGUGCGAUCUGGAAAGUUACUUGGAUUCAUUGUGAGCCAACGAGGGAUUGAGGUCGACCCUGAUAAAGUAAGAGCAAUACAGAACAUGCCAGCACCGAAGAAUGAAAAAGAAGUUCGAGGGUUCCUUGGGAGAUUGAAUUACAUAGCCAGGUUCAUUUCUCAUCUCACUGACACCUGUGAACCCAUCUUCAAACUGCUGCGCAAAAAUCAAGAUAUCCGUUGGGAUGAUCAUUGUCAAGAAGCCUUCGAAAGGAUCAAACAGUAUCUCCAAGAGCCACCAAUCCUCAUGCCCCCGGUUCCUGGAAGGCCGCUUCUUAUGUACUUAACUGUGCUUGAAGGAUCUAUGGGGUGUGUGCUGGGCCAGCAUGACGAGUCUGGUCGAAAAGAGUGCGCCAUUUAUUACCUGAGCAAAAAGUUUACCGAUUGUGAAUCCCGCUACUCACUACUCGAGAAAACUUGCUGUGCUUUGGUAUGGGCUGCUCGCCGACUGAGACAGUAUAUGCUGACCCACACCACUCUAUUGAUCUCAAAAAUGGACCCGAUAAAGUACAUCUUUGAAAAACCGGCUCUUACAGGGAGACUAGCCCGAUGGCAAAUGCUUUUAUCAGAAUACGAUAUCCAGUAUGUCACACAGAAGGCCAUCAAAGGAAGUGUCCUUGCAGAUCAUCUUGCUCAUCAGCCAUUAGAAGAGUAUCAGUCAAUGAAGUUUGACUUUCCUGAUGAAGAUAUCAUGAAGCUAGAUGAUAAUGAAGGACCCGAACCAGGAGAGCGUUGGACUCUCACGUUCGAUGCUAGAAUAUGCUUUGAUUGCACGAACAAUGUCGCAGAAUACGAAGCUUGCAUAAUGGGCCUCGAAGCAGCCAUUGAUAUGAGGAUCAAGAUCCUUGAGGUUUAUGGGGAUUCUGCAUUGGUCAUACAUCAAGUAAGAGGUGAUUGGGAAACACGACACCCCAAUUUAGUUCCUUACAAGGACUAUAUUUUGGAGUUGUUGCCCGCUUUUGAGGAAAUCACUUUCAAUCACAUCCCCCGAGAGGAAAAUCAAUUGGCAGAUGCUUUGGCUACUUUGGCGGCUAUGUUCAGAGUUAGCUCCCCUAAAGAAAUGCCAGACAUAACGAUCCUCCGUUACAAGGAACCUGCACAUAUGUUCCCCGCUCAUUGUCUCACUACUGAAGAUGUGUAUGAUGAAAAGCCAUGGUAUUACGACAUCAAGAGGUAUGUUGAGAAGCAAGAGUAUCCCGAAGAUGCUACGAUUGGUGAUAAGCGAACGCUUCGAAGGUUAGCAUCCAAAUUCUUCUUGUCAGGAGACGUCCUGUACAAAAGAAACUAUGAUUCAGUUUUGCUCAGAUGCGUGGAUAGACACGAAGCAGAAUUGAUCAUGCGGGAAAUUCAUGAAGGAUCUUUUGGAACUCAUUCCAAUGGACAUUCUAUGGCCAAAAAGAUCUUGCGAGCAGGAUAUUAUUGGAUGACGAUUGAAAGUGAUUGUUCUUGGCCUUUUGCUAUGUGGGGCAUAGACAUGAUUGGGCGCAUAGAGCCACAAGCUUCAAAUGGGCACAGAUUUAUUCUUGUUGCUAUCGACUACUUCACCAAAUGGGUUGAAGCUGCUUCUUACAAGAACGUAACCAAGCAAGUCGUUACUCGCUUCAUCAAGAAAGAGAUCAUAUGCCGAUAUGGGGUUCCAAACAAGAUCAUCACUGAUAAUGGGUCCAAUCUUAAUAACAAGAUGAUGGCAGAGUUGUGUGAAGAGUUCAAGAUUGAACAUCACAAUUCAUCACCCUAUCGGCCAAAGAUGAACGGCGCGGUCGAAGCUGCUAACAAGAAUAUAAAGAAGAUUCUUGUCUACGGUAUGGAGGCCGUACUACCUGUCGAAGUGGAAAUUCCUUCGUUGAGAGUCUUGAUGGACGCCAAACUCGAUGAAACUGAAUGGGUUCAAACGAGGCUUAAUCAUCUCAAUCUAAUUGAGGAGAAACGCUUAUCUGCUAUCUGCCAUGGCCAGUUGUACCAAAAGAGGAUUAAGAAAGCGUAUGACAAGAAGAUUCGGCCUCGAGAAUUCCACACAGGUGACCUAGUCGUAAGGAAGAUCUUGCCAAUUCAUACCGAUCCAAGGGGCAAAUGGACUCCCAACUAUGAGGGACCAUACAUUGUGAAGAAAGCAUUUUCAGGUGGUGCUUUAAUCUUGACAAAGAUGGAUGGGGAAGACGUUCCACUCCCAGUCAAUUCAGACUCAGUCAAAAAA